CGUGGCCCCUCCCGGUUCCGGCGUGCUAGAGGCCCCGGGUGGCGAACGAGUCUCCGGCACCAUGUCUGGUUUGUCUGGCCCUGUAGCCCAGCGUGGCCCCCGCCUGUUGGCGUUGCUGUUGGCGUUCCUGCUCGGACCCAGCUCGGUCCUUGCCAUCUCUUUCCAUCUGCCCGUUAACUCCCGCAAGUGUCUCCGCGAGGAGAUCCACAAGGACCUGCUAGUGACGGGCGCCUACGAGAUCGCCGACCAGUCUGGGGGCGCUGGCGGCCUGCGCACCCACCUCAAGAUCACAGAUUCUGCUGGACAUAUUUUAUACUCCAAGGAAGAUGCAUCCAAGGGGAAGUUUGCUUUUACCACUGAAGAUUAUGACAUGUUUGAAGUAUGUUUUGAGAGCAAGGGGACAGGGCGGAUACCUGACCAACUCGUGAUCCUAGAUAUGAAGCAUGGAGUGGAGGCGAAAAAUUAUGAAGAGAUUGCAAAAGUUGAGAAGCUCAAACCAUUAGAGGUAGAGCUAAGACGCCUAGAAGACCUUUCAGAAUCCAUUGUUAAUGAUUUUGCCUACAUGAAGAAGCGAGAGGAGGAAAUGCGUGAUACCAAUGAGUCAACAAACACUCGAGUCUUGUACUUCAGCAUCUUUUCAAUGUUCUGCCUUAUCGGACUAGCCACCUGGCAGGUCUUCUACCUUCGUCGCUUCUUCAAGGCCAAGAAAUUAAUUGAGUAAUGAGACCAAAUCUCCUCCUCCCUCGUGAAUCUCAGCCAGCAGAACAUCGCUGGGACGUGCCUGGCCUAAGGCAUCCUAUUAACAGCACCAUGAAGGCACGCUGAAGCUUUCUUGCCAGAACUGAUCUUUUUGGGGAGGACUUGGGGUACUACCUACACUCAACAAGUCAAUGAGGGACUUCUUUUUAACUCGGUAGGAUUUGGACUGGUUUUGCAACAAUAGGACUAUUAUUAGAGUCACCCAUGACAAAAAAUAGGGGUUACCUAGAUAAUGCCAAAGUCAGCAUUUGUCUUGGGUUUCCUCACGUGAUCUAUUUGAACCAUGUUUGCUUUCCUUCUCCCACUUGCUCACUAGCUUGGGCUUUCACUCUAGUUCUUUUACCACGAUUUGUAUGACUAUGUUGAACUUGUUUCAUACUGAUUGUCCUCUUUGGGUUUCCUUCUAAAAACAUCCUGGCCCUUAGCUGAAAUGUUUACAUAGCUUCUGGUGAUAUCCUUUCAUAAUUUUAUGUCUCUUACAAGAGUCGUGAAUGUGAUACCUUAUAAAAGUGAGCUCAGAACUGUAGAUAACUUCUUAAAAAAAAAAUCUCAUUUUAGACAAUUAAAAUAUUUGUGCUCAA